AAAAAAGAAGAAAAAAAAAAGAAACGGAUAAGGAAGAAAAGAAAGAAGAGAGAAAAGUGUGCGCGCGUUAACCGGUGUGUCCGAAAGUCAUGGCUACGGAUAAGAUAAAGGUCGCCGUGAGGGUACGGCCGUUCAAUCGAAGAGAGCUGGAACUCGGUACGCAAUGCGUCGUCGAGAUGACAGGGCAGCAAACCAUCUUGCAGCAUCCUAUCACGAUGGACAAAAUCGAUCGGAACAAGCCGAAAACUUUCGCUUUCGAUCACUGUUUUUAUUCCCUGGAUCCUGGAGCGGAGAAUUUCGCGAGUCAAGAGGUGGUUUUCGAUGCCCUGGGCCGUGAUAUUUUGGACAAUGCAUUUCAGGGUUACAACGCCUGCAUAUUUGCCUACGGACAAACCGGCUCAGGAAAGUCUUACACGAUGAUGGGCAGUGGCGACAACAAAGGGAUAAUACCACGCUUGUGUGACAAUCUCUUUGAUAUAAUAGCGAAGCAGCAAAGUUCCGAGCUCACGUACAAAGUCGAGGUCUCGUACAUGGAGAUCUACAACGAGAAAGUGCACGAUCUGUUGGAUCCAAAGCAGAACAAACAAUCGCUCAAAGUCAGAGAGCACAAUGUCCUGGGGCCCUACGUAGACGGACUCAGUCAAUUGGCGGUCACUUCUUUUCAGGAUAUCGACAAUCUCAUGGCGGAGGGCAACAAGUCGCGGACGGUUGCUGCGACGAAUAUGAAUUCCGAGAGCUCCCGUUCGCACGCCGUAUUCUCGGUAAUCCUCACGCAGACGCUAACCGAUUCGAAAAGCGGGGUCAGCGGAGAAAAGGUUUCGCGGAUGAGCUUGGUGGAUUUAGCUGGGAGCGAAAGGGCUGUGAAAACUGGAGCAGUGGGUGAUAGACUUAAAGAAGGAAGCAAUAUUAACAAGUCUCUAACGACGUUGGGUCUAGUCAUUUCGAAACUGGCGGAUCAGAAUUCCGUCAAUAACAACAAGAAGAAGGAUAAUUUUGUACCAUACAGAGAUUCGGUCCUCACAUGGCUCUUGAAGGAUAAUCUUGGUGGCAAUAGCAAAACUGUUAUGGUGGCCACUAUAUCGCCGGCUGCGGACAAUUACGAAGAAACGUUAUCGACUCUUCGGUACGCCGACAGAGCGAAGAGGAUAGUCAAUCAUGCCGUAGUUAACGAGGAUCCUAAUGCCAGAAUUAUUCGUGAGCUCAGACAAGAGGUCGAAGCCUUGAAGGAAAUGUUGUUACACGCUACAGGAUCGAUCGUCGGCCAACAACGCACAGACAUCACGGAAAAGCUAUCGGAAUCGGAACGAUUGAUGAAAGAAAUGUCACAGACAUGGGAGGAGAAGCUAGUGAAGACCGAGAGACUGCAACACGAAAGGCAGCAGGCUCUCGAAAAGAUGGGAAUAAGCGUGCAAGCGUCUGGCAUUCAAGUAGAGAAGAAUAAAUACUACUUGGUUAAUUUAAACGAUGAUCCAAGUUUGAACGAGUUAUUAGUUUAUUAUCUCAAGGAGAGAACUCUCGUAGGCGGGCGUUCGGCUAAAACAGAACAGGAUAUUCAAUUACAUGGCUUGGGCAUACUGCCGGAACAUUGCGUUAUCACGAUAGAAGAGUCAGGUCUGUACAUGACGCCGUUGAAUGGUGCUCGAUGCUUUGUCAACGGUACGCAAGUCGUAGAUAAGACUCUCUUACAACAUGGCGAUAGAAUCGUUUGGGGAAACCAUCAUUUCUUCAGAGUGAACUGUCCAAGAAGCGCUACAGCAAUCAAUAGCGAGCCGCAAACUCCCGCUCAGAACAUUGACUAUAACUUUGCCAGAGAGGAGCUUAUGCUUAACGAACUUUCGAACGAUCCAAUUCAACGGGCAAUUGCGAGGCUGGAGAAACAGCACGAGGAAGAUAAACAGGUCGCACUUGAAAAGCAGCGGCAGGAAUACGAACGACAGUUUCAACAGCUGCGCAACAUAUUAUCUCCCUCUACGCCGUAUUCGCCUUACGUACCGUACGAUCCUUUGAGAGGUAGUCAAAGCGGAAAGCUCCCGGCUUGCACACCAACCACGCAAAUGCGCGUCGAAAAGUGGGCGCAGGAGCGAGACGAGAUGUUCAAGCGGAGUUUGGGUCAAUUGAAGACGGACAUAUUAAAGGCCAAUGCGUUGGUACAGGAGGCUAAUUUCCUCGCGGAGGAGAUGGGCAAACAGACGAAAUUUAGCGUCACCUUGCAGAUUCCUCCGAAUAAUCUAAGUCCAAAUAGGAAGAGUGUAUUCUUUCAGCGGGGCGCGUUUGUCAGUGAACCCGCAAUUUUAGUGAAGAGAAUGAAUACGGGUAGUCAAGUGUGGUCUAUGGAAAAAUUAGAAAAUAAGCUGGUCGAUAUGCGAGAUAUGUACGAAGAACGAAAAGAUCCUCAUAAUUGUCAACGAUUACCAGCGAUUAAGGACGAAUUGCCAGGAAAGACACAAGAUCCAUUUUACGAAUCCCAGGAGAAUCACAAUCUUAUCGGCGUCGCAAAUAUUUUCUUAGAAGUGCUAUUCCAUGACGUACGAUUAGAUUAUCACACUCCAAUUAUUAGUCAGCAAGGAGAGGUCGCUGGUCGACUACAAGUCGAGAUAAGUCGCAUAUCUGGACAAUUUCCUCAAGAUCGGAUUUGCGAGGCCGCCUCAGAAUCUUCCGCGGACUCGACGUCCUCCGAAACGUCCUCCGAGGAUUAUUCCGGAGGAUCUAGCCACAUUACUUGUCGCGUAACGAUAAAACAGGCCACCGGUUUACCGCUCUCGUUAAGUCAUUUCGUGUUUUGUCAAUAUAUGUUUUGGGGUCACCCGGAACCUAUCGUGGUACCGCCUAUGGUAAACGCGGAAGUACCCAACUCGAAUUGCAUCAUCGGACAGAGGGAUUCGUUGGCAUUUAAAUUUGAUCAUACAAAGGAUUUUACUGUACCCAUUACGGAAGAGUUUAUGGAACAUGCCGCAGAGGGAGCGUUGAGUAUAGAAGUAUGGGGCCAUCGCAGCGCGGGUUUCUCCCGCAGUAAACCUGGAUGGGAAGUGGAACAACAACAAUUGGCAAAAGCUAGAUCACUCGCUGAUCGAUGGUCGGAAUUAACGAGAAAAAUCGAGUUGUGGGUGGAGAUACAAGAACUCAACGAGCAGGGAGAAUAUUCGCCUGUCGAAGUCACAGUGAAGCAAGAUACGUGUACAGGUGGCAUUUAUCAACUUCGACAAGGUCAGCAACGUCGGAUACAAGUACGAGUGAAACCAGUACAAAAUUCUGGAACCCUGCCGAUUAUCUGUCAAUCGAUAUUGAAUAUAGCCGUUGGGAGCGUGUCUGUACGAAAUCGACUGCAAAUUCCGUUAGAUAGCUACCAAGACGAGGAUCUGAGUAUAUUGAGAGAGAAGUGGAGCGACGCUUUAAUGAGAAGACGACAAUAUCUUGAUCAACAGAUUCAGAAACUCAUUAAUAAACAAGACAAAACAGAACAAGACAUGGAGCGAGAACAAAGUCUAGUCGAUCAGUGGGUUAGCCUUACAGAGGAACGAAAUGCCGUUCUGGUUCCUGCGGCGGGCUCAGGUAUCCCUGGUGCUCCUGCCGAUUGGACUCCUCCUGCAGGGAUGGAACCUCAUAUCCCCGUAUUAUUCCUCGAUCUCAACGCUGAUGAUCUCUCAACGCAUCAAUCGGGAGAGGAAGUGUCAGUGACAGGAUUGAACUCGAUCCUACCUAAAGAACAUGGAAAUAAAUUUUAUAAUCUACCGAUUAUUCGACAUUUGGAGAAAGACGUAUGUGCCAUCGCCGCUUGGGAUUCUAGUAUACACGAUAACGUACAUCUUAAUAGAGUGACCGAUGCCAACGAAAGGGUAUUCUUAAUUCUGAAGACUACCGUUCGCUUGUCGCAUCCAGCACCUAUGGACCUUGUGCUCCGUAAAAGAUUAGCUUUAAAUAUAUACAAGAGGCAGAGCAUCACGGAUAGAAUUUUCAAGAAAAUCGUUCGAAUCGAUUGCUUAACGCAAACCGGCGUCACCUACGAGGUAGUUUCAAACAUACCAAAAGCGAGCGAGGAGUUAGAAGAUCGCGAGAGCUUGGCGCAAAUUGCUGCAAGCGGAGAAGAUAAUAGUUUAUGCGAUGGAGAAACGUAUAUAGAAAAAUACACUCGCGGUGUCUCAGCCGUCGAAAGUAUAUUAACAUUGGACCGAUUACGACAAAGUGUCGCUGUAAAAGAAUUGUUGCAAGCACAAGGACAACCGCUGAUGCGCAAAACUGCAAGUGUUCCAAACUUCUCGCAGAUUAUGAGAUUUGAUACAUCGAUGGACUCAUUGAAUGUUACUCGCUCGGAAAGCGUAACAGAUCUUAAUACGGAAAUGAAUGGUCUCCCGCAUCCGCGACGCGCGUCCAUAGGUCACGCGAGAAAUGACGAAAACUUCAUAUCUGCACCGCCAAAGCCAUUUGGAAUUGGCUCCAUUCUCAACUCAGCGAGACCAACUUUCCUGAAUCUGAACCUGAAUCUCAACUCAUUGACACGUCUUCAACAGUCUACCUCUGCCAAGUCAUCUCCAAAUAUAGUCAGUAGCAAACUGGGUCCUCGUAUGACCACGUUGCAUGAGGAAACGUCUAAUGUUGGAAACCAAGCAUUUACUCCCAUCAACGACGAUGACGAGGAGAAAAGCGAUGCCGAUUACUCUGAAUAUGAGGCAUAUCAGGCUCCACCAAAACUGACAAAGCCGUUAACUUCUUCACGCACACUGGAUUCUCUGGUUGAGCUACAAUCGACCAAAAUCAACACGCCAAGUAUGAGUAGUAGCGGUUACGGUUCUCAGGCUGUUUCCACAACAAACCUAACGUCAGAAGAUUCCAUUUCCAUCAAAUCCAUCAGCGUGGACGAGACUCCGGAUCUCGAGUAUCGUAAUCCUAUCGACAGCAAGAAACCCGAGAAAAUGGACAGUUCUCUCGUUGAAGAAACACCCGAGGAAUACCUGGGCAUAAACUCUGAGUUGGAUAAUAUGGAUAUCUCACAGAGCGCUUGUACAGAGGAAUAUACUAGAAAAAAUUUGGAAGAAACGGGAGCAUAUGUGGAUACUGACAUCGAUAGCCCAGUUUCUUCUACAAAGAGCGAAAGUGAAACCAACAGCAACGUAAUUCACAUCGAGUCUCGGAAGAAAAGUACACAUGAUCAGAUUUUCGACGAUAGGAGGAAAAGCGUGAUGGAAAUCAGUCAGACAUCUAAUUCGGGAGAUGAUAGUCCCACGGAAGGGACGUCGGUCGUACAUACCAAACUGCCACCUGGCAAGGUCGUGCGAAGAAAAAAGACGUGUAGCGGUACUGGAAGGCCUACCAGUUCACAGCAUAGAGCUUCGUUUCCUAUGGUCCGUCCACAACUUUCCGAGAGUAAGGCUGCAGCACGUUUGGAACAAACGCUACAACCUAAUAUGUCAUAUGAAAACGGCGACAAUAGUUCUUCGGAGAGAAUCGAUGCAGCAGAUGAUGUCAGCGACAAAAAUUCGGCUUUUGGUUCAAGACACGAUUUAACUCGAAUGGAAACUCCUUUACCAGAUUGGGUCGUCGUUGGUGAAUCAGUCUUGGUUCGUCCUUACAGUUAUUCCGGAGUCAUAGCAUAUGUUGGCCCUACAGAAUUUGCAUCCGGAACUUGGAUAGGAGUUGAACUUGACGCUCCAACUGGCAAGAAUGAUGGUGCUGUUAAUGGUCAUAGAUAUUUUACCUGUAGACCGAAAUGUGGUAUAUUUGUUAAAGUGGACAAACUAAUUCAAGACAGACGGGGACGAGCACUUAGAAGCUACACCAAGCAGGAAUCUGCACCAGCACCAUCCGCAUUAAUGCGCAGGAGCGUUAGCAAGGGGGAAGGCUUACAUUCCUUGCACCGAAGUCGCAGCCGAGGGGAAGGCCUCUCUACAGCAGGUACAUUACGUUCUUUUUCACGCGGCAAAUAAACGAAUCGUACACAGCUUCGACAUUACUUCAUGUUGGUAAAAGCCACUACAUAAGUAUCCUAAUUGCUGCAUGCCUAUGAUAUGUGUAGCAGCAAUGUUUCAGUCCUUUAGACAUUUAGAGGGUAGCUAUUGAUUAUCCUCAAAGUAAUACUUGAAAUAUUAGGUCAUUAAUGUGUUAUGAACCUACACACGAAGCGUGGGUUGUUUUCGACUCGGAUCAUGCUGCGUGAGUGGUGUAUCUACUUUCGAAGAUAGUGACCGAUACAUAAUUAUCGCUAUCAAAAGUCGGCAACGUUUAUUCAUUUACGAGCAUUCCACAAUUUUAAUCACGACUGGAAGCAUCUGUUUUAUGCGAGAGGAAGAAAGCAUAAUUGUGUGCGGUUUAAUUGUACAUUUAAAAGGAAUCAAAAGUCGAUGCGACAUUUUUUCUUUUACUCUGUGUAUAUCAAUCUUGAGAUAUGUGACGACUACAAUUUCAUGUAUAUAUUCCAUGUAACAGUACACAUACUUUGCAUUUAUGAAAUCGGUCCGUGUUGACGCGAUGGAUACGAUAAUAAUAAAACGAUUUAAAUAUUGGCUUUUUCACACAUCAUCAUUGGAUUAUACUUUCCAAAAUUACCUUACGGUAAUUUACACGCUGCUGGAAAAGUGCCCAAUGAAAGGAUGAACAUGUCAAAAGACACUUUACAUAUACUUUACCGCGUUGUGUAGAUUAUUUAAAGAUUUUAUAUGUAUACAAUUGUUUCAUAUAUUGUAUUUUUUUAGCGCGAUUAUGUAUAAGUUCCUUUUUAUUGUAACAUACAUUUUUUGUCACCGUUACCCUAUUACACGAAUAUGACACAUCUUAAUUUAUACAUUCUAAAUGCAUAUUGCAUUUUUGGAAAUUGCAAACUGAUCCUUAAAUAUUGUAAUUAAUUGAUUUAAGAGACAAGUUGCAAAUGUCCAAAGAUACAACGUCCAAGUUGUCAACGUCGAGUCGCAAUAUUAGAUUUAGGUAUUAGAAAAACUAUAUAUAUAUAUAUAUAUAUAUAUAUAUAUAUAUAUAUAAAAUGAGCUUGCUUUGUUGUAUUAAUUGCAUAUAGCUGUAUAUUCAUUAAAUUUUUUGAUGAACGUCUGGGUUGCCGACGUUAUAUCUCACUUUGUCUAUGGACAUGGCAAUAUAAACAUUAGCAAACAAUCUAUACACAUUUCAUAUUUCUCUUUAACAUGAUUCACGCAUUAUUAAAUAACAGUUAUUCCCAUUAUGAGAAUUAAAUUUGGCUUUAUUCCAAAAGCUACUACACAUAAUCACAUUUCAAAAUCAAUGAGAACUGUUAGAUUUUCUUCUUAAUUCAUGGAAUAGAUUGUGUCGUAAGGAAUACGAGAAAAAAGAUAAAAAAUAAGCAACUUAAUGACUAAGGUUACUCAGUAACGUUUGCCCAAAUUGUGAAAACAACUCCUCUGUCCAAUUAGAACAAUACUUAUAUUAUCAAUAAUGAAUAUAAAUUACUGUAUGUAAUAUUUAUUGAAUAUAAUAAUAAUCGCCACGCGCGGCACAAUGUUUCCUUAACGUGACAGACAAUUGCACCGUUUUUAUAUAAAUGACAAUUAUCUCCACGAGAAGGAAACUUUGUGACCUUGCAAGGCAUCUGUCCAUUUUUGGUAAUCGAGAUUGUUGAGGAAGAAACACAAAUUAUAAGACUCCACAUGUCAGAAUGAUGCUACAUGCUUGCCCGGCAUGCAAUAAUGUUAAUAAAUUCUUUGUUUUGAUUACACGUUUUCGGUUUUUGCAUUAUUACAUUGAAAUCGACAUUAACAUUGCUUUGGACGCACUGAAACUCGUAUAUCACUUGCAAAACAAAAUUUGUUUGCCCUUUUUACUUGAAAAAUAGCACGAUGUAUUGUUCAAAAUCUCGAAUAAAGUCAUGUACGACUUUCACUGUGUAUCUUACAUAUAACAAAAACUAUUGAAUUGUAUUUUUUUACAAGUUCUUUAUAAACAUAUAGCCAAAAAAAUAAAAUUAUUUUGUCUUACAAUACACACACACACAUACACAUAUUAUCAAAAAAAAAAAAUAAAUAAAAAUAUGAAAAAAAUAUAUGUAUUAAAUUAAAUGGAAAUUGAAAAACAGCACAUCUCUCAACAAUAGUCAAGAAAUUAAGAUUUUUUUUUAAUCGUGGCCUUAUAGGGGGUUAACAUCAAGUGAUUAUCAUUAUGUUAUCAGGAAUAUAAUGUUCGAAAAGCUGCAGUGGAGCAUCUAGCAUUGACAGAGCUUACACAGCCUAUUCCAUCCCGCAAUAAGACAAUGUCCAUUUUUACCGUUACAAUUGUCUAAAAAUAAUUGUCCACGCUAUACUUUGUACCCUAAAUAUGAUUCUAGAAUAUAAUAUUUUCGACCAAUCGCGCGAUUUUAUCUUUGGAAGACUUCCGAGUUUGACAUUAUUAAACGCGAUCGAAACUGCAAAUGACACGCGCUCACGGUCCAAGUUCCAAAGAAUCGCACAGGAGGGUCCACAUGAUCAAAAAUCGAGUCUCCUAACUAUGGCUGUGAAAUUAAUCGAUGUUUUGUUAUUUACGCUAUUUUUCCUCGAUUUUUCUUUUUUUUUUUAUUCCCGUCACAUGCGCCGAAUUAUGCGCUUAUUUUCGUAAUUCUCUUCUCUUUAAACGAGGUGUCUAUGUCUCUCUGAAUUUUAUAUUUAAAAUAUAUAUUAUAUAUACAUAUCUGUCUUUAUUCAAUGUUUUAACAAAAUGUUGAAAAAUUUUAUUUUAGAAAAUUGCACUAAAAAAUUUUAAAAAUAUUCUCUCUACCUGGAAUUUUGAUUUAAAAAUAUCUAGAAAAUCGGGGGAUUUUUUUUAUAAAAUUUGAGUAGACACUCUGUCAAAGUAUCGCGAAAUUCUAAAACGUCUCAAACACGGCUGCCGUUUAAUAUAUAAAUUAUGACGAAAGUUACAACUCGAGCAAUUUAUUUUUGAUCGCAAUUUUCUAUGCACGAGAGAAUAAAAUAUAUAUAUAAAAGAAAAAAUUAUGCACAUCGGACAAAUUUAAGGAUCGUGAAUCGAUAAGACGAUAGCGAGAACGAUCUUGUUUUUGUAACAGAUAGAUAAUAAUUAAUUUGAUACAAAUUUAUAUAAUAUAAAUUUGUGUCAAAAAAAUUUUUCUCAAAAUAUACUUCUACCUAAGAAUGUAAACAUUUUAUUUUAGAUUACUUGCCGCGAUACAUAUGCAUACAUUAAAUGCAUUUCAUCGCAAGAGACUACACUAUUAAUUUUAUCUCUAUCUAUUUAAUGAUUCUUUUCUCGAAGUGUCUUAUCGACCGCGUUUGUCAAGCGGCUGCGCUUAAGUAUUGUCAAUUAAGCGAAAAAGUGCAAGAGUAUGUAAUCUUGAAUUCGGAAUUCUUCUAUAAACCAGUUUUCACAGUGAAACUGUUCGGGGACGCGAUCAUAUUAAUGUAAAAUCUACACACAUGUACAUGUACAACAUAAGUCUCGAGAUUGGUGUUAUAUUUUAAUGUAAUGUAUAAGAAAAAAAAACAAGAAAAAAAAGAGAAGAGAAGCAUAUAUAUAUAUAUAUAUAUAUAUAUAUAUAUAUAUAUAUAUAUAUAUAACGGGAAAAUUAACAAAGAGAGUAUGUGUACGAAGAAAGUGACGAAACAUCUCAUUCGUUACGUUUAUCAGUUAUCACGGUAACAUAAGAAAAAUUAGCGAAGUGUGUAUUUGCUUCAUAUAUCUCUUCUCAUUUAUUGUAAUCGCAUUAAUUAGAUUUAUUCAAGGCGGCACUAUAACGUAUAUUUGUUAGGUCCACGACACUCGCGCGCGUUCAACUUGGUGUAAAUUAUAAAUACAAUCGUCACACAAAUCGUGAUAUCAAACACGGCUAUCUCUUUCAUCGCUAUGAAAACUCAAAAAAGAAAAAAAAAAAAACAAAAAAUGUCAUUCGCUAGAGACGUUUGUGCCGAAUCAGUUUGAUCCACGCUACUUCUCAUGUAUGUAUCUUGAAAUGUGCACGAAAAAUCACAUCUUCCUUUCGAGAGAAUUAAAUCAAACUUAUCGAAUAGAUCCAUUGCAUUCAGACAUGGAGAUUUACAUUUCGACUCGUUAAUAUAUUUUGAUUCUAAUCUCUUACGUCAAACAAAACAUUUGAUAUAUAUACAGAGUGUCCGAAAAUUCGCGCAACACUCUUUAAGGAAAGAUAGAGAGUGUUAUUCUGAACAGAAAAGUCCUGUACCAUUUUUUUCUAUAACGCUUAAUAAAAGGAUUAUUAUUGAGUGAAGUCUGGCCUAUCAUCGCCGAUCUUCAGCCGGGCGCACGUCAGUGAGCUGUCAUAAACAUCUGAGUGCCACGCACACUACCAGGCGCGCGGCUCACCGACCGUAUGUCCAGCUAAAGAUCGAUGAUGAUAGGCCAGACUUAAGCGUUAUAGAAAAAAAUGAUACAGGACUUUUCUGUUCAGAAUAACAGCCUCUACCUUUCCUUAAAGAGUGUUGCGCGAAUUUUCGGACACCCUGUAUAUGUACACACACGUGGAGAUGUAAAGAAACCGGGUCUUUUUUCAUUAUUUUCUUUUUUUUAAAUAUAAUAUUUUUUUUAUAUUUCUUUGUUAACAUAAUACAAAAAUACAAAAAAUUAAAGUUCUUAUAUUUUUAAUUAAUCUUUUUUUGAAAGUAAUUUUAAUGGGAUUUUUGCAGCAAAUUACAUUAAACUCGACAUGAUUUGGAUAAUUUUCAAUUAGAUGCAUAAUAAAAAUUUUUGUCAUGCAUGUAAUUGAAAAUUAUUCGAAUGUCAAGUUCGAUAUGAUUUUAACCAAAAAUCUCAUUAAUCCACUAAAAUUGUUUUCAAAAAGAUAAAAUAAAAAAAAGUAUUAGUUUUUAUAAGAUAUUUACAUUCGUAUCCAAUUGGAAUGCGAGCUACAUUUAAAAUAAUAAUGAUUAAUUUAAAUCUAUCAUUUAAAAAGUUAAAAAUAAUGAAUAACCAAUUUGCAGUAAUCAAAAUAUAAAAAUAUUAAAUAUUUGGAAAACAAUUUUUUUGAAAAGAAGGAAGCUAGUUUUUUUUCAUUAAAAAUCAGUUUUUUUAUGAAAAAAAAAAAUUUCUUUUUAUAUCUCUACACACACACACACACACACACACACGUCUCUUCUUUCUUUUUAAUCAAAAUGAGAUAUCAAUGUGCGAAUAGCGUGGAUCAGAAUACCCAACAUAAACACGAUAAUCACCGAAUCGACCGAAUCUUUCUAUCUACUCUGCUAAAUAUUACGCAACGGUGGUGGCAGAGAAAUGGUUUGAUGCGACAUAAAUAUUUUGAAGUGUGUAAUAAAUAGUUUCAGUCGAUCGGCGAUUUUACGCUAUAAGUGUAGAGCCUCUUCUGCCGGAAAUAAUGAACGAUAGAGUUGAUAACUAGAUAAUAAGGAUUUCGGAAAUUCUCUUUGUAGAUCGAUAGGAUGCUAUGUCGUCUGGUUGUAGAUAACCGGUAAUAGGAAAGCCUAUUUUUGCAUUGUGCGAUUAAAAAAAAAAAACGAAGAAAAAAAAA